ACGUUUGAACAUGAAGUCAUGUGCACCCAUGUGCAGACAUGCGUUCACGUAUGCACAUGACCCACUGUGCAUAACGGUACAUUGAAGUAAGUUCUUAAUCGCUGAUUCCGCCUUGACUUCAUAUUUGUUUACCUGGAAUUGUUGCUUGUAGCUUGGAAAGUUGACCGUUUUCGCGGGGUCCAAGUGACAAGCAACAACCAGAAAAAGAUCUGUCUCGUUUUAAAUCUCAAACCCGCGCAUCGUAUUCUCUCCCCCUCAAAGUGAAAACCCAAGUGAAGUGAAAACUACAAAAAUUGCAAAAGGCGCCAACACACAAUUCUGGACCCAAGCCAAGCGCCCACCUACACACACACACACAUACACACACAUCAAAAAAGAAGCUUCAAAAUAAUGGCCGGAUAUUUACCUCGCCCAGAGUCCCCACGACCCGCCAGACCCACACGCCCUCGCUUCGACCCACGGGAACCCAGGUAUCGCCCCGCAUCUUGGCAGUAUGCCUGUGGCCUCUGCCAGGAGGACCACGCCAUACGGUCAUGCCCGCGGUUCCGGCAAAUGACACCGUAUCAGAGAUACGAGACAGUUGAGAGACGGAGUUACUGUCGGAACUGUCUGGCGCGCAGCCAUCUGGCCCCAGACUGCCCCGUGGUCACUGCCUGUCGAACAUGCGACUACCGCCAUCACACAAUGCUGCAUGGAGCCCCACAGCUUAGGGAGACAUACGGCAGCUACAGCCCGCCCCCAAUGGAGAUUGCCAACCCACGGCAACUUGCAAUCGAACCAGCCAACCAGAUGCCCAUCGUCCAAGGCCCUCCCCCGGUCGAGAUACCUUACAGCCGGGCCACUGUUUUUGUACCCACGGCGAUGGUGGAAUUGGCACCCGAGGAGCAGGACGAUUGGGCUGGGGUACGGGUACUUUUGUGCCAGGCAUCGACCAUCACCCGAAUCGCGGCAGCCACAGUAACUCGCCUGGGGAUACCAACGAGAGAGCGCAGAGGGCACCGUCUGGCAACAAUAAGACUUCGGUCAAGGCAUGCGUCGAGGAGGACCAUGUAUACCAUCCGGGCAGUGGUGACCCGGGAUUUGCCGCGACGACCCUAUUCAGAUCCCAUCAUUCCCGACCCCACAAGCAGCCUAAGAUCCCUUUCUUUGGCAGAUGCUGACCCUAGGGGCAACGAACCAAUCGAUGUAGAGGUAGGGGCCGAUGCCUACGCCCACCUCCGGAGGAGUGGUGUUGUACAACCCGGAUUGGGAGCCGUCUUCGCCCAGGAGACAGAUUGGGGAUACGUGUUCGUCGGCCCAGUCACCUCACAGGCAAGAAACCAAAAUUAAAAAGGUAAGAUGUCACUUCGUCACUUGGAGGGGGAGAAUGUUCAAAGUACGUUUGAACAUGAAGUCAUGUGCACCCAUGUGCAGACAUGCGUUCACGUAUGCACAUGACCCACUGUGCAUAACGGUACAUUGAAGUAAGUUCUUAAUCGCUGAUUCCGCCUUGACUUCAUAUUUGUUUACCUGGAAUUGUUGCUUGUAGCUUGGAAAGUUGACCGUUUUCGCGGGGUCCAAGUGACAAGCAACAACCAGAAAAAGAUCUGUCUCGUUUUAAAUCUCAAACCCGCGCAUCGUAUUCUCUCCCCCUCAAAGUGAAAACCCAAGUGAAGUGAAAAGUAAAAAGUGAACAUACAUACAAACAUAU